AUGUUAGUACCUCUAAACAAUAAGCAGAGUGCAUUAAAUGGUUUGAUACGCCAAUUUUAUAAAGGUUCUCACAAUAUAAAGUUAGAGGUCAAAGAUGUUAAUGAACUGACAUGGAGCCACCAGGAAGAAUUUAUAAAGGAGACUGUUAAUAAUUAUUUAACAAAAAAAUAUCCAAUCAGUAACGAAUUUAUUAAAGCUUUUAUAAAAAAAUUAAUAGGAUAUUUGGAAUUGGUGCAAGAUGUACAUGACGAUCUUUACAAAUAUUUAUGUAUGACAAUGAAAAAUACAACAAUAGAAUCGUAUUACCACCAUUACUUGAUUGGUAAUAAUGUCAUGAAUAGAAUAAUUAUAAGGGAAACUAAUAACUUAGUUUUGAAUGGCACUACUGGAAUGCGAACAUGGGAGGCAGCACUAAUGCUUGUAGAUUGGGCGUUGUGUAACAAAGAAGUGUUUCGAAACAAGUAUGUUUUAGAAUUGGGUUCAGGGGUUGGAUUUACGGGAGUUGCGAUUGCAAAAUUUUGCCCGUUGGACACUAUAUUAAUGAGCGACUUCCAUUAUGAUGUAUUAAAUAUGGCAGAACAAAAUAUUAAUGUUAAUUUUCCUUGUUCACAAAGUCAAACCACUACUUAUGCAAAAAUGUUUACUACAGCAGAAACAAAAGUUAAUAUAGGAGUCAUGAAUUUAGAUUGGACUGACAUUUCCGAUUUAUCUGAGGAAUUAUGCCCAGACAUCAUUAUCGGAGCUGAUAUAGUGUAUGAUCCAACUAUUUUGAAACCCCUUUGUGAAGUAUUCGAGUGGUUUUUCAAGAAAAAUAAAAAUAUCGUUAUAAUUAUUGCUGGGAUCAUACGCAAUGAAGAUACAUUUGAACAAUUUUCAAGGAUGAUAGAGACCAAUUUCCAAGUAGAAUAUAUUCAAUACGAUAAAAAUGUGUUCAUAGAGUGGAAUCAAGAUAUAAAGAAAUAUCUCUUGAAAAUAAAACUUUAA